UGACAGCUGACUCCAUCGAAUCUGUCAAACGCUAAUGAUCGCUGAAUAUUUACGUGAAUGAGAUCUUCUGGUUUUCGUUAAUUCAUUUCUUUUCACAGUUAGUUUUGUACUGUUAUUUUGUGAAUCAUAUUGUGUGUUUAUCGAGUGCGAGUUUUUAAGGAUAACUGUAGCUGUAAUAUCAAGAAUGUCUCAUCAAACAGGAAUUCAAGCCAAUGCAGAGUUGAAGAAAUAUUUGGGCAAAUGUCGAGAUGGGAAAAUUCGCGUUUUAAAAAUCAGCAUAGAAAAUGAGCAGCUGGUUUUAUCAAAGUACCACCCAGUGAAGCACUCGUGGGAACAAGACUUUGACAAAUAUGUGCCUUCAUUGGUUGUUGAAGACCUACCAUGCUAUAUUUUAUAUAGGUUUGACUCAACUAACUCUGUGGGGCACGAGUGGCUGCUCCUGAGCUGGUCUCCGGACAGUGCACCGGUCAGACACAAGAUGUUGUAUGCUUCAACUAAGGCCACGCUCAAACAGGAGUUCGGUUCUGCGCAUAUAAAGGAUGAAAUGCAUGCUACUGUUAAGGAGGAAGUAAGCCUGAAGGGCUACAAGGCACACGUGUCAGGCGUGAGUGCGCCGGCGCCGCUGACGGACAGGGAGGAGGCGCUCAAGGAGCUGCAGGAGAGCGAACACAACACCAACUAUGGCACUGAUGCUAGGCAAUCAACCAUGGGGGGUGUGGCUUUCCCUAUAACCGAAGAUGCCAAACAAGGAAUUAAUGAUCUCAAAAGAGGUUCCUAUAACUAUUUGCAAUUUAAGAUAGAUUUAGAAGGUGAAAAGAUCCAUUUAUCCAAAGCGGCCAACAUUGCCCUGACAGAUCUCCCGCAGCAAGUCCCCGGAGAUCAGGCCAGAUAUCACCUCUAUAUAUUCAAACAUACGCACGAAAGUGACUAUAUGGAGAGUGUAGUAUUUAUCUACUCCAUGCCUGGGUACAACUGCAGUAUAAAGGAGAGAAUGAUGUACUCCAGUUGCAAAGGACAGUUCUUAGAAAUUAUUGAACAACUAGGCGUGGAAAUCAUUAAACGGUUAGAAAUCGACGACGGUAAAGAGCUAACGGAAGAAUUCCUUUACGACGAGAUUCAUCCCAAGAGAAACUUGCAUCGUCCCGCCUUCGCCAAACCCAAGGGCCCGCCAAACAGAGGGGCUAAACGAAUCACCAAGUCCCAGAGUACACAAUAACUAGAUACUGUAUGUAUAUGUUUUAUUUAUCACGUGGCUAAGUAAAUUACAUUUAUUUUGAUUUGACGAACUUUGAAAUGGCUUAUUGCACAAAAUAUACGAGUUUCGUUAGAUUUUGUUUGUGACAUCUCGAUUUAUUCUUUAUUUAAUGGCGAAUAGCACAGUCGUCCAACUAUAGCUACUGGCAGAUUUGGCGCCAAAUCUUGCAUGUAGAUUCUAAACUUCUUGAUAAUUAUAAUAAUUUUGCAUGUCUGAUGUUCUAAUGACUUUUCUAUAGUCACAAAUGUAAGAACACUACAGAACACCUGUGAGGCGUCAAGCUUGCUUCAGGAAAGUAAAGUUUGACGACAAUGUAAAAAAACUGUCACCUGUAAGCUUUGUUUCUCUUGAAUUAUAUUUAUUACUUUUUACAUAAAUAAAUAUCAAAGCCACGUGAUUUAAUAAUACAGAAUAUUAGAAGCAUGUCGCUGAAGUAAAACUAUAAGUAACUUGCUUAGUUACCCAACUAAAUUAAAGUAUGUGAAAACAUUAAAAUGUAAAAUUAAAUGAAGACUGGUAGGUCAGAGUGCAAUAAAUAUGCGAAAAUUAACUCAAAAAUAAUGUUAUAAACAUCGAUUGUAUUAAAUGAAUUCUAAAACCGAAAACUUCAGAAAGAAGUUUAUUUUAUCCAAAAGUAUAAAUUGUAUACUCUAAACCUAUUUAAAACAGUGUAGUAUGUAUUUGAAUAUACUGAAAUGAAGUAUUAUAUAGUAAUAUGUAAACGAAUUAUAACUAAGAUAUAGAAAACAUAGCUUUGUAGACAGAACAUAGACGAAUGUAUUUUUUUAUUCAACCAUGCGUUCAAUUUUAUCAAUAGAAAAGUAGAAUAAUUUGACGUCCAUGAUAGAAUAUUUUUAAAUAAAAAGAACCCACAUUGUUCGUUCUAAAAUUUAGAUCAACCUAAAAUGUGACCAUAAUUCAUUCAUAAAGAAAGAAAUGUAUAAACUCAAGAAAUAGUCGGAAAAUAAAAAUACAUAUAAGUAUUACAGUCAGUCUAGUUAAUGUUGUAUACUUUUGCAUUAUAGUAUUUUAAAAUAUGUAAUUAAUAUUUUUUUCUUAAAAUUUUGAAAAAACUUUCUUCCCUUUUUUAAAUCGAGUUUUGUAAAAUAAUAUGAACGCAUACGUAUGUAGCUCAAUCUAUCUAUUUAUUAAUAUUAGAUCUUGCCAUUUUUAAAGUUUUGUAGCUAUUAAAGCGUUCUUUAUAAUCUCGUUUCAAUAAUUAAUUAUUAUUGGCCUUACUACAAAAACUUAAACGCCUGUUUUACAUUAGUCUAAAAAAAUUGUGGCUGCAAAAUGAACCAUAUGUCAAUGUCAUAAUUUGACAUUUUUUAAGACAAGGCUUAAACUGACGUUUAAAAGUUUUUGUGGUAAGACGGUAUAAGUCUUAGCAUUUUUUACCUUUCGUAUUUAAAAUUAAGCGAAAUUGAAUUUGUUUAAAUUUUUAAAUUGAUGCACAAAUACAAUAUGAAGUUUGUAAAUUAAAUACAUAUUUCCUUCUAUUUUUGUAAAUCGGUUUGACCAUAUCUGUAUUGUGCAAUGUCUGUAACAAUAAAUUGCUUUUAAUAUA